AUGUGGCGUUUAGCCAAUUGUGUUUAUCGUGUUUUUCGUAAUACAGCUGCUCAUUAUUAUGCACAAGAUGUCCUUAUUCCAAUAACAACUAUUUGUAGUACUGAUGAUGAUUCAAAUAUAAAACGAAAAGACAAUCAUUCAAUUCUGAAAAAAUGUGAUAUUAAUCGAAUAUUAAUAAAUAAUCAAUUAACAUUUAAAAAUAUCGAAAGAUUACAAGAUUAUUUAAAGAAAUUUUCUAUUCAAUUGAUAACACAAAAACCAAAUGAUAUUAAACAAAUCGAAGCUGUCAAACCUGAAUGUGUGGUUAAAGAAGUUCAACCAAUUUCUCCUCCGCAGAAAAAAGAAGAAACUCUUGAUUCAUUACUUCAUGCUGAUGAAAUUUAUAUGAAAACACUUAACGAUCUUUCUAAUUUGCAUGAAGAAACAAUGUCAAUAAUAAAUCUUCAAUUAGCUCUUGAUGCUCUCGAAUCCGGUAAUCUACAAUUUGGUAUUGAAACUCUUCAAAAUAUUGCUAAAACUGGAACAAAUGCAGCAGCAUUAUAUAAUCUUGGUAUUUGUUACGAACGAGGUAUUGGCGUUGAACAAGAUCGAGCUAAAGCAUGUGAUUAUUAUCGUCAAGCAUCUAGUUUAGGUCAUAUAAAUGCCCAAUUUAAUUUAACACUCCUUUCAAAUCAUAUUGAUAUUGAUGAAACUGACGAUGAAAUAAUAGAAGAAACGAUAACUGAAAAACCAAAUCAACCUUUACGUGAUAGGUUUAUACGUUUUUCAUUAUCAAAUAAUUACAAAGAAGAUCAUCCAUUCAAUGAUAAUCAAUUUGAUUUAACAAGUCAAACAAUUGCAUGUUUAUCGUAG